ACGGGCAGGCAGCCGUGCAAUUAGCCCACCAUUCCUCCCCGCCACGAUGAUGACUGACAGGCGACUAACGGCGCCAGUCCGCAGUCUCUACGAUCCGGGCGAAUCGCUUUCCGGCCAGUUGCAAUCUGUCGCAUUCGAAGCCACCAUGCUGAAGCUCAGCUUAGUGGCCUGGCUCAUUUUUUCGCUGGCGUGGCGCACUACGCCCACCGCCUGUCGACAGACCAACGGCGCGCAGAGCGUCCAGGAGAUGCUGGCCGCCCAGCUGCAGAGCUACAUGGACUUGGGCGCACGGUCCUGCGACAACUUUUACCAGUUCGCCUGCGGCAACUGGCAGAUACAGCAGCUGGAGCAUCAAGAGCAGCACUUCCCGCGCGACAGGGAGUGGGCCCGCGAUCGGGGGCGCAGCCAAGAAGAGCUGCUGCCCGGCGACACAUUGGGGCUGAUCGACCAGUCGGUCAACCGCAGGGUGGAGCUGUUGCUAAGGCGCAGAAACGAGACCUCCUCCGAGCUGGAUUUGCGCACCCUGCAGCAGAUGCGGCUCUACUACCGCUCUUGCAAGCGCCUUAAGCCCUAUAACCUCAAGAAGUACCUGCAGCUUCUGCCGCCCGGCAACCACUCCCAGUGGCCGUCCGUGAGCCGGGGCUGGCGCCCCGAGCAGUUCGACUGGAUGACGACUCUGGGACGUCUGCGUCUGCAUGGACUGAACGGCGUCCUGCUCAGGGAAGAGGUCUUGCCGCGGUGGGACGAUUCGAGCGCCUACAGCGUCUACGUGAACAAGCCGAGUCGCCAACAGACGCUGCCGAUGGGGGAGGGCGCCGUUAUCGAGCUGCUUCUGGACAUCGGGCAGACCAAACGCACGGCCAACGCUCUAGCCCGGCUGGUAGACGAGUUCGAGAGGAGGCUGCACCGACUUCAGGAACUGGAGGACGACGAGGGGCCGCGGGAAAUGCAGCUGGGCUACCUGGUCUCAUACCUACCGCAACUGCGGUGGCUGGCCUUCUUGGGCCAGCUGCGCCCCGAGGUCGAGUUGGACCUGCGCUCCACGCUGAUCGUUGAAAACGUGCCCUACCUAAGAGCUCUCAGCGAGCUCGUGGAGGCCGAGAGCCCGGACACCGUCUGCAGCUACAUCAUGCUCAAGUGGCUGGCCUUCCUCCAGCAGCAGGGUCCCGCGGAGAUCUCUCGCGGCGAGUGCGUGGCCAGCCUGAGGAGGGCCAUGCCUCUGGCGAGUAGCUGGCUCGUGGGCCAGCAGUUCUCCGACCCGGAUUCCGAGGCCGAAGUGCGCGCCCUAUUCCAGCGCCUAAAGACGCGCUUCGGACAAGUCCUGGCUGAGAACAGGCUUCGGCUUUCGCUGCCCCUCGUGCAGAUCCUGCAGCAGAAGCUGCGUGCUGUGCGCCUGCAAGUGGGCUUCGUGCAGCCAGGAGAGGAGGAGGAGGUGGAGCAGUACCACGUCAGCCUCGAUCUGAGUGGCAACUCCUUUUAUGGAAACCAGCUGGUCCUGCUGCGACACCGCGUGGAGGCGAGCCACAGCCUGCUCACCGAGAACUUCACGGGAAGCGGCCUGAGGUAUCUGGCGGAGAGCUGGGAGGCCAGCAACUCGUCGCCCCUGUACGUCAGGCCCCGCAACCUGGUGCUGGUGCCCCAUGGCCUGCUCCAGCUGCCCGUGUGGCACCGCAACGACAGUGCCCUGCGGCAGCACGCCGUGAUGGGAUUCGCGCUGGCCCACGAGCUGGCCCAUGGCUUCGACAUGUCGGGUAUGGACUAUGACGCACUGGGAAACAUCAUGGGGCCUGUGGAGGAGUUCGGGACCAGCCGGCAGUUCCGACAGGGCCUCCACUGCUUGCAGCAGCAGAUGGCCUCCGGCUCCAAGUGGGUCGACGAGAAACUGGCCGACUUUGUCGCCCUGCGGCUCGCCUACGAGACCUUCUUUGGGGUGCGGGCCGACAAGCGGGAGCCCCGAGACCCUCUGGUGCCAGAGCUCAGCCAGCGACAGCUCUUCUUUGUCAGCUUCGCCCAGUUCUUUUGCGGCCGGACGCCCGUCCCUAGCCCUCUGCCCCACUCGCGGGCCCUUUUGGACCGCGCCGCCGACGAGCUGCGUGUGAUGCAGACGCUGGCCAACUUUGAGGAGUUCUCGAGGGAGUUCGGCUGCGAAAAAAGAGCCAAGAUGCAAGCCAGCCAGCGGUGCCGACUUUGGUAAAGAUCCUGCCUGUUCAGACGGGAGCCCGGGAGGGGUAAGCUUAGGACAAAAACGCGUGGCAGUCCAUGACCAUUGACCAUCGACCCUUUCCUACUGGAGGUUCGGUACCGUUUAAUGUCAAUCCUCCGUGCAAACAUUGAGAAAUCGGAAUUAUUCAGUGUUGCCUAAAAGUUUUUAAUUAGAAUUUACUCUAUGGAAACUUUUUUAAGGGGGGAGGGUAAGGUAUUAAAGGCCAAAAAAAGGGC